UAUAUUCCCAAUGUUAUCAUCUCUUACCUCUGGUAAUAUUUUUUUGUUUACCGUGUACAUAAAUAAUGAAGUGGAAAAUAAAUGAUGGUGGAAUAGUACAAAUGGAAGAGGUGGUUAUCUAAGUUAGUCGAGUUGCGCGAAUUAUCACGGUUCUCUCCUCGUGACAUAAAAUAUUAUGCAAGGUAACAUAACCUAAAAAAAGUGCACAAUAUUGAAUUCUGCUUUAAUAUUACAAUACAGUAUUAUAUGAAUGAUAUUAUAAACUGUACAAUUAUAAUUAUAUAAAAUAAUGAGUUUCGAAAAAGUAAAGGAGGUUAUUGAAGAAGGAGACGUAGUAAUUUUAUAUUUAGGACCCAGUAACAUGCAUUCAUUAGAAGUAAAAACAAAAAUAGUAAAUAAAAAUGGAGAAAUGGUUGAUAAUAUUUUCCAAACAAUAUAUGGAGCACUUAAAGUUUUUUCUUUAAUUGGACAAAAAUAUGGUACAAAGGUGCAACUAUCACGUGGAUGGGGAUAUGUUUUACAACCAACACCAGAACUUUGGACGUUAACAGUUCCUCAUAGAACUCAAAUUAUCUAUAGUCCUGACAUCAGUCUUAUUAUAUAUCUAAUGAAUUUAGUACCAGGAAGCAUAAUCAUUGAAACAGGUACUGGAAGUGGCUCUCUUUCACAUGCACUUAUUAGAGCAAUUCGUCCUUACGGUCAUCUCUAUACAUUUGAUUUUCAUGAACAUCGUGUAAAUAUUGCACAGACAGAAUUUGAAAAACAUGGUCUCAGCAAAUUUGUAACUAUAAAUCAAAAAGAUGUUUGUGUUGAUGGGUUUGGAGAACAAUUAAAAAAUAAAGUAGAUGCAAUCUUUUUGGAUCUUCCACAUCCAUGGUUAGCUAUUGAUCAUGCAUUAUAUGCUUUAAAAGAAUCAGGUGGAAAGCUUUGUUCUUUUUCUCCUUGUAUUGAACAAGUUCAAAGAACUUGUGCAAAAUUAACAUCAAAUGGAUUCAUUGAACUACAAACAUAUGAAUGUUUACAAAGGGAACUGAGUGUACAAUAUAAAACCCUCCCUAUAUUGGAUUUAGAAUGUUUAAAACAGGAGCGCACAGACAAUGAUGAUAUGGCACAACAAAAUAACAAUGAGAAGCAAGAACAAACAAAAUUUCUUACUGUCACGCAUGCUCGUUCUUUACCUGGCCAUACAGGAUUUAUUACAAUUGCUACAUUACCUCCUCUUUACGCGCGAAAAACAGAUCUAAGUUCAGAGUCGAAAGACUGAUUAAGUGUU